AUUUAAGGGGAGGUCUUGAGGAAUGGGGUCAAUUCUUGGUCUGGAUACUCCUAUUUCCUUUCCAUCAUGAACUCCUUAAAUUGUUAACUCUAGCUCCCUCUCACCUUUGAGAGCCAAUGAAAACAUUGCUGGGACUCUUCACCUCUGUGCUCUUGUCACCUCUGUAAGCCACGUUGGGUUUGAAGCUUUUAGUCAGUGGCUGGUUUUAAAAAUGCUCUGGAAAUGGCGUGGAACUUGGAUAUUUCAGGGUGUCUUGGAGGGGAGUUGCUAGGUAUACAGAUGCCACUGUCCCUGAAGACUGCUUCUGUUCACAAGGGGGCUUCCGUGUCCAGGACUCCAGGGCCGUGUGCCAGGCCUCUGUCUUUCCUCCAGGGUCUUCCCAGUGAGGCUCUUGUCAGCCUUGAAUCUAGCACAUCUGCCUUCAGUGCCUGCUUUUGAGACAGGGCAGUCCUAGUGGCCCGCCUCCGUUCUGGAUCCUGGCCACCUCUCUCUGGCCUAGUCUUCACUCCAGGGUCUUCCCAGCACCCUGCCUCAGCUCUGGAUUUGGACCACCCACUGGUGUCCAGAGAGGCUUCAGAAAAGGUGACCAAAUCUAAUGGCUUUUUGUCCAGUCCUCAUCUUGACCUCUUCAUAGUCUUGGGCCCUGCCAGUCCCCCUGUUCUCUUGGAUCCUUCUCCUCAGUAUCGGUUACUGAAUCUUCGUUCAGGUCAUGUCGACCAACCAAAAGUGUCCUGGGCCCUCUUCUUCCUCCUAACGGGCUUUGUCAAAGACACCUUCUGCUACUCCGAGGGGGCGAGGUUACAAUGUAAUUGGGUGGGGUAGCUAGUAGCACAGUGCCUGGCCCGAAGUCUGGAGGACCUGGGUUCAAAUCAGCUACUUCCUAGCUGUGUGACUGGUCAAAUCACUGAACCCCGAUUGCCUAACUCUUGCCUCUCUUCUAUCUAGAACUGAUACUAAGACGGAAAGUAAAGAGUUUAAGAAAAAAUAUAAUUGGGAGAUAUAUCCCUCCUAUGUGCCAGGCACUGGGCUAAGCACUGGGGAGAUAGCCUCUGCCCUCAGGAAACUUACAUUCUAAUGGGGAAAGGCAGCUGAAAUGGGGGGAUGGUGUCAGGAAUGGGUCCUGGGCCCUUCCUUCACCUGGAAGUUCUGGGAGGGAUUGACCAAUCAGAGGAAGGAGCUCCAGGGACAGGAAGGAUCUUCCAAGGUGAGGAGGCUGUUUGGUGAAUGAUUGGGAGGUUGGAGAGUUAGAGCCCCCUAGUUCAAAUCCUGUCUCUGUGUGACUGCAAAUCACAUCAGUUGGGCUUAAAGAGAUGGGUUAAAUGACUGCGUGUAUGUGGGCCAGCAACUUGCUUAACUGCUCAGUGCCUCAGUUUCCUCAUCUCUAAAAUGAAGGAGUUUGACUUGAUGGUCUCUAAGGACCCUUCCAGCUCUAGUUCUAUGUAGGCCUCUAUCCCUGGGCCAGCUCACAUCAUCUGCUUUGUCUGAGACUGGCAUUGAAUUUGUCCUUGCUUAUGGUUCUUCCACUUCCAUCUGCCAUAUGACUGCUAAUUGGCUAACCAUACAGCCGGUCCUCUGAUGCUUACCUUCGAUCUUCUCUCAUUCUAUGCUCUUGGACACCACGGCGAUAGAUCCCUCCCAAGGACAUUGUUGUUUGAUGGUGAGCUCUGGGAGAUGUUUUGUUUCCAUGGUGCUUAGUACACAGUAGAUGCCUCAUCAGAGUUUGGUGACAGAUGGGGGUAGCACUUCACUUGGGGAGCAUGGAUUGCAUUCUAGCGUCUAGUUGAUGGGAAGUGAGGAAGUGGGUAUAGGUUGGGAUAGAAUGCCUCUGGGAGAGGACAGGAAUGCAUAAGAAAUUGGAAGUCCAGGUUUCACAGUUAUAACAACAUCAUAAUUUCUUUUUCCAGUUUUAGAAAGUAUUAUAAUGUAGGCAUAUUCCCAAAGGGUGCCCCCAAAGUGACCAAAGCUAAAAAAGGUACCAAGACUGGUAAUAACCUGUUAAUCCAGACUAUGCAGCAUCUCAUGAUCUAUUGGUCCAGAAUCUCUAGGACUUUGUAGCGAUUUUCUUCCUGCCUGUUAGACUGAGCCUUUGGUUUUUGCAAAUUGAACUUUGUUUUCUUCCAUUACAAAUCAAUUCUCUCUCCCUUUCAAUUCCUUCUUCCCUUUCUCCCUUCCCAUGUGAAAAAAAGAAAAAAAACGAUUGCGACAAACAUACAUCAUCGAACAAAACUAGUUCCCCCAUUGGCCAUGUCCUCCAAAACAUGGCUGCAUUCAAUGAAGAAGACAUGCCGGGUGGCCGACUGCUUCUUGGCUGAGCUGUCCAAUCCCUCAUCGGACUACGUCAAGUACUUUCAUCUGAAGAAGGAAGAGCUGACUGCCAAGCUGUAUCAGUUGUAUAAUUCCUCCAUCUUUAGGGAACAGUUACCUGAGAAAAUCAGCAUAACCUGGAACAAGAAGCUUCGUACAACUGCAGGAUACUGUCAUGUUUCAGGCAAGGAAAGUGGUCCACAGUCAUCACGCUCCAUCAGAAUUGAGCUUUCUGAGAAAGUCUGUGACUCUGCAGUUUGUUGCUCAGCCAAACUGCCAGCAGCUGCUGGCCACACUGUGGUAUGAUGGCUUUCCAGGCUGGCGGCGGAGACAUUGGGGAGUCAAAAUGUUGACCUGCAUCACCAUUGGCCUCCUGUUCCCCAUGCUGUCUAUAGCCUACUUGGUUGCCCCCAGGAGCAACCUGGGGCUCUUCAUCAAGAAACCCUUCAUCAAGUUUAUCUGCCACACGGCCUCCUACCUGACGUUCCUCUUCAUGCUUCUCCUGGCAUCCCAGCACAUAGUCAGGACAGACCUGCACGUGCAGGGGCCACCGCCCACUGUGGUAGAGUGGAUGAUACUGCCUUGGGUUCUAGGUUUCAUUUGGGGAGAAAUUAAGGAGAUGUGGGACGGCGGCUUCAACGAGUACAUCCACGACUGGUGGAACCUGAUGGAUUUUGCCAUGAACUCGCUCUAUCUGGCGACAAUCUCACUGAAAAUCGUUGCCUAUGUCAAGUACAAUGGUUCUCGUCCCAGGGAAGAAUGGGAAAUGUGGCACCCGACCCUGAUUGCGGAAGCUCUCUUUGCAAUCUCCAACAUUUUAAGUUCCUUGCGGCUCAUAUCCCUGUUCACAGCCAACUCCCACCUGGGACCUUUGCAGAUCUCCUUGGGGCGCAUGUUGCUUGACAUCCUCAAAUUCCUCUUUAUCUAUUGCCUGGUCCUACUGGCUUUUGCCAAUGGAUUGAACCAGCUUUACUUUUAUUAUGAGACCAGAGCCUCCGACGAACCCGACAACUGCAAGGGGAUCCGCUGUGAGAAGCAAAACAACGCCUUCUCCACGUAAGAGCUCCAGGCCCCCAGCCCUGCCCUUUCCCUUUCUCGUCCUCUUUCCUCAGCCUUUUCCUCUCAAGAUGAUUCCUGGCCAGCCAUAAUUCUAGCUAUCAGAAACUCCAGAAAGGGGACAGGACAAGAGGGGGUGUGGCUAAGGAACAGACAACCUAUUGGAUAGAGUGAGACAAAGCCCCAAAACAGAAUUUUCCAGACAAUAACAAGGAAAUGAUCUCUCUCCUCCUCCCUCCAUCCCUCUCCCUCUUCUCUCAUCCUCUUUCUCUCUUCUUUGUCUCUCUUUUCUCCCUGUCUCUCUCUUUUGCUUUCUGUCUCUUUGUCUGCUUUUCUUUCUCCCUCUCUCUUCCCUCUCCCCUCCCCCUUUCUCUUCCCCCUUUCCCCCCCUCCAUCUGUCUGUCUGUCUUUCUGUCUAUUUGUCUCUCUUAAACUCUGCUGGAGAGCUGGAUAUAGACAGUGUUGGUUGCUUUCCUUUGUCUUUGAAGGGAAUGAAUGGACUGCUGAGGUCUGGAUUAUUUCUCUGGCUCAGAAAGGCGGCCCACUGAGUGAAACUGCAGCCAAGGCCAGCCUGUUUCUUUGAGCAGGUUUCUAGCAGAGCCAACUUCUCCAUUCAGAGUUUAAUUGUAGAUGAAAUGGAGCCAUCCAAGCCCCAUGCCUUUAACCCAUAAACAAGGGAGGUUAUGACCCAGUGCUGGCUAUACCCAGAGCUCCUAGAAGGGGAAAUCAGCUAGUCUCCUUUAGGGGUUAGCUGUGGAAGUCAGGGGAGUAAUGGUAGCCAAGAGUGCGCCCUCCCUGAGCCACCCAACCCUCAUAGGGCAAGGGAGAAGCAGAGCCCCUGCCACCCAAGCUCACUACUAUACCUGACCCAUUAGGCCUGGAAACACUCCAAGGAACACUCGGCCCCUCUGCUGUUCCCAGGACCUGGUGUCCAAAGCAUCCAAAGGCCCUUCUGCUGGCCAGCCUCUGUUCCCAGGAAGCUCUGCCUUCUCGGGCCCCUCCAGCUGCCCCUUUGUCUCUGGGUACUUCUUUCAGAUUCAUGCUAUUUCGGGCAAAUAACAAGGAAAGAAUACCAAGUUGAGUGAGCAAUAGAGAAAAAAAGCUAAGUCCAAGCAGGACCCCAGCUUCUACACAGGCACUUAAACAACUUAGUCCCAUACCCUCUGUUUCUGUAUACUUCUAACUACUAUGAUAAUGUUAACAAUUGUUAAAAGUUAUAGAUAUCAUCUUUCCAUAUAGAUAUAUCAACAAUUUGACUUUGUUGAAGCCCUUAAAUUUUUUCUUUUUCUUAUUUACCUUUUUAUGGUUCUCUUGAAUUUUGUAUUUGGAUAUCAGAUUGUUUAAGUCUGGUAUUUUCUUCAGGAAUAUUUGGAAAUAUUCUUUUUUUUAUUAAAUAACCAUACUUUCCCCUGAAAGAAUAUAGUCAGUUUUGCUGGGUAGGUGAUUCUUGGUUGUAGCUCCAGUUCCCUUGCCUUCUGAAAUAUCACAUUCCAAGCCUUCUGGUCCUUCAAUGUGGAAGCUGCUAGAUCCUGUAUAAUCUUGACUGGGGCUCCCUUAUAUCUGAAUAGUUUCUUUCUGGUUGCUUAUAGUAUUUUCUCUUUGACCUGGAAGCUCUUGAACUUGGCUAUAACAUUCCUGGGAGAUUCUUUCAAUCUCAAUUUACCCUCUUGUUCAAGAAUAUCAGGGUACUUUUCUUAGAUAAUUUCUUGUAAUAUGAUAUCUAGGCCUUCUUUGGUUAUAACUUUCAGGUAGUCCAAUAAUUCUUAAAUUGUCUCUCCUGGAUCUAUUUUCCAGGUCAGAUUUUUUUCAAUGAGAUAUUUCAUAUUUUCUUCUAUUUUUUACUCUUUUGAUUUUGUUUUAUCAUUUCUUAAUAUCUUAUGAAGUCAUUAGCUUCUAAUUGCCCAAUUCUAAUUUUUAAAGACUGAUUUUCUUCCAUGAUCUUUUGAUUUUCCUUCUCCAUUUGGUCAAUUCUUCUUUUCAAGUCACCCUUUUCUUCAUUUGAUUUUUUGUUUCUUUUUCUAGUAUGUCAUUCUUGGUUACUAAAACACAUUUUUCUUCCUUACCUUCUUGUGUUUCUUUUUCUUGUUGUUCAAUUUUACUUUUUUAGCUGUUGUUUUCUUCAACUUGUCUAAUUUGGUUUUUUAAUUCCUUUUUUAGUUCUUCCAGAGUGUGAUCCCAAUUUCCAGGGUUUUUUUUGAGGUUUUGCUUAGAUUUCCUUGGAUCCCAUCAUCUUCUGCCGGUUCUGUUGUUUGUUCUUUAUCCCUGUAGAAGCUUUUGAUAGUUACGUUCUUUCUCUGUUGUUUAUUCUUAUUUUUUAAAAAUUUGUUUUCUUUGGGCUAUUGUUGUUGUUUUUUUGUUUUUUUGUUUGUUUUUUUGCCUGUUUACUGUAAGCUUAUUGAGUCUUUCUUCUCUGUUGUUUUGCUGGAUUAGGCAGGUUGUGUAUUCUGCCUUGAGGUAAGCCUUUGAAAGUUUCCAUCCUCUGAGGUGCUGUUUUGUUGGUGUAGCUCCAACCUGGGAUCCUGGCAUUGCCUAAGCCCUGGUUCUGAGUCUGGCCUGAUAGGUGGGGGGUUGGUUGGCCUGCAUUUUUCCAUGUGCAGUUUUGCUUUUGGAUCUCCCUUUUAAUGUGGAAAUCCCCUCUCUCUGCCUACUUUUCACAUUGUGUUCAAUGGGAGAUCCCCUUCAUUUGUCUUGUUUUGACUCCUUUCCUUUGGGGGUGAUUUUAAAAAUAUCAAUUUGGAAGGAUAUUCAGAGCACUUUCAGGUUUUUGCUGCUACUCUGCUGCCAUCUUGGCUCUGCCCCCAAGAACUGGUCAAAUUUAUGUCAUCCCUCAAUGGAUGAAUGGUCAAAGGAUAUAAAGGAAAUCAAACCUAGACAAAUGCAAAUUCAAACAACUCUGAGAUAGUAUCUCACACCUGCAAAAGGGAAUUCUUUAUUCUCUUUUUCUAUGUUGAGUUAACACUUAGUGAAUCUCUCUUUUAGUACCUCUACUUAGUACCUAGCUAACCACUAAAUAAACAGAGCUCCACCUUGUUAACACAAUCAGUCAGAAAUGUGUGAAUUCCAUGAUAAAAAAGUUUAUACCUUCAGAGGCCUCUAAUAAGAAUUAAAACCUUCAGAGGUGAGAAGUGGAUCCCACAAGACACUUCCCCCACCCCCAGGCAGUGCUAGACAAUUAGGAAGCUGUGAUUGGCCCCUGUGAAGAGGGGAAGGGACAAGAAGAAACUAUAGAAAGGCCCUGAAUUUCUGGGGCUGGAAAGUUGGCUUCAAGAAGUGAGGCACAGGGGCAGCUGGAUAGCUCAGUGGAUUGAGAACCAGGCCUAGAGAUGGGAGGUCCUAGGUUCAAAUCUGGCCUCAGACACUUCCUAGCUGUGUGACCCUGGGCAAGUCACUUGACCCCCAUUGCCUAGCCCUUACCACUCUUCUGCCUUGAAGUCAAAGUAUUGACUCCAAGACAGAAGGUAUGGGUUAUAAAAAAAAAAAAAAGAAGUGAGGCAACUUGAGGAAGAGUCAGCUUCAGGAGUCAUCUUCAGCUUGAGUCAUUUUGACCUGCCUCUUGGAGGAAACUUGGGUGAGUGAAUAGUUGGCUUUCCUCUCCUGACUUCCGGAGAGAGUUUAACAUCAGUUGAGAGGGUUAACAAGUUGUACCUGGCUGAAUUGAGCAACAGAGCAAUAUUUAGUGUGACAGGCUAGACAUCUUCUCUAUUCCUUUUUGUAUUUCUCUACUUUCACUCUUUACACCUCUUUUGUAAAUAAAAGCUAUUAAAAGUCAUUUUGACUUUGAGCUAUAAUAUUUUAAGUCAGCAACUACCAUCUUAUUUAUAAUGUUCAUAUAUUUUAGUCAAAACAUUAAAACUUAAUUCCUACACACCUCUCUAAUUGGCAAAAUGAUAGAAAGGGAAAAUGACUGGCGGGUGGGGAUGUGGAAAAAUGUGGCCAUGAAUAUUAUGUUGGUGGAAUUGUGAACUAAUCCAACUAUUUUGGAGAGCAAUUUGGAAUUGCUCAACCCAAAAGGUUAUGAAACUGUGUAUACCCUUGGACCUAGUAAUACCACUUCUGAAGUUAUAUGAUCCAAAUUGUCUCCUUCCCUCCCCACUCCUGGAGCUAGCAAGCAAUUCAAUCUAUUUCUAUAUUGUUCAUUUCGUGAGUGAAUAAUCAUGUAAAACCAAAACUCCCCAAUAAAACCCCAAAUAAAUGAAAGUGAAAAAUCA